CAAAUUAAUUUGUCAAAUAAAUAUCUAUAUUUUCGUUUUGUGAUGUGUUAAUGAUAUUUAUUUUAAUUUUCUUCAGUAAUUCGUCAUGAGUUCUGAUAAAAAGACAGUCGUCAAAUUAAACGACGGCUGGGUGCUUUGCACAUCUAAAUCGAAUCCUGGUAGAAAGUAUUAUUUCAAUAAGAGAACAGGAAAGUCGUCAUGGACCCAACCACAGGCUACAGAAAAGUCUGAUAGGAAACACAAAAACAGGAAAGAGAAAGUAAAUAGAGAAAAGAGCAAAAAGGAAGAGGCUCAGAAGAAUAAUUUGAAGAGAAAAAGCGAUCAGAGCAAUGAGGAACGGGACUCAGCAAAGAAGAAGCAGAAAAAGGAAGCUGGCACACCAACUAAACAGAAAUCUAAAAAUGAAUCACCUCAGAAACCUACGCCUACAAAAGAAACUCCCGAAAAGCAGACGCCGGUUAAAAACGCAGCAAAUCAAAGACUUUCACAGCUCAGAUCCCGGUUAUCGGCCGAGGCUCAAGAGGAGAGCAGUAAUAGUAAUGACAAAUCCCCUGUUAAACCUAAGCAGAAAAUUAGCCCCAAACCUGCCGCUACUGAGACAAAAACAUCUAGAACUGAAACGAAAAGUCCAACGGUUACCGAAAAUAAGUGUAACACUACUCAAUCGCCGAGUAGUGACAGUUUACAGUCCAUGCCAUCACCGUCUCAGUUCUUUGCGGCUAACAAAAUAAUCUCCUCCAUGAAGGCCCAGUUGCCUGAAGAAUACUGUGAUAAAACAAAGCCAAAAGACACAUUUGCUGAUAUUGAGCAUGGUAUAUGCAAUCAGACUUCUGAAUAUCCGUACAUGAAGCAUCCUGCCACGCCGCCUCAGUUCUCUGAAGCUAGUAAGCUAGUAUCUGCUAUUAAAUCUAAGCUCACUAAAGUAGCGGGUAAGGAUGGGAAUAUUAAGACAUUUACGUCCGCUAGUGACCGGAUGGAAGCGUUACGGAAGAGUUUGGGAACUGAUUUGAUGGACACUGAGAGUGAAUCUUUAGUAUUAAGUAAUAUUGUAAGCAGAGAAACAAAGUGUGUGUCCGAAGCCAUGGAAGUGGAUUGUAAGGAGAUAAAGCAAACAGCACCUCUAGUGAAUUGUACAAAAGAUAACAUAAAUACCAACGUUGUUUUAGUUGUUGAUACAAAUAUUUUUAUACAUGAAUUGGACAUGAUCAAGAUUGUUCUCAAUUCUAAUAUUAAAGGAUACGUAGAACAGCCAACACUCCUAGUACCCUGGCGGGUAGUGAAUGAGCUGGACCGGCUGAAGGAUAAUAACAAUUGCAACGGCGCGAUAUGGAAGAGAGCCAAGUCCGCUAUGGACUAUCUAUACAAGUCCAUACCUGAGAAUAGUAGGAUACGAGGACAACCGCUUCGUGACGCUAACUCUCACAUAUACCCGUGCGAGUCUCCGGACGAUGAGAUCCUCAACUGUGCGCUGCAACAGGCUGAGAGGGGCAAGGAUGUGAUCCUCCUAUCAAACGACAAGAUGCUAUGCAGUAAAGCGAUCAUUAACAACAUCAAGAGUCUCAGCCUGUCAGAGCUGAAGGAACUCCUGGAGACUACUCCUCAGGAGACAGACCCUGACGCCUUCGACAACUUGAAGCAUUACCAGGCGACAAUCUACCAGCUGUUGGCGAAUAUUUUAGAGAAUGAAAUGCGCGCGAAAUACAACAACCUAUGGCAGCACGUGCUGUUCAAGGCACCGCCUUGGACGUUGGCCGACGUCCUCCAAUGUUUGCUCAAACAUUGGAUCGCCGUGUUCAAUGAGGUCUUCCCGAGGAUAGAACACCUUAUUAUCGAUCUGAAGAAUGCUCUCACUAUUGUUGAUCAGAAAGAUUCAAAAUCCCUCCUAGACUCCGAAGUAUCGAACUUCAAGGAUCUCUGCUUAGAAGUGGCGAAGAAGUGCCAGAUAAUACCGGAAUACAUGGAGCUAGCUAAGAUAACUGUAGACCGGUUGCUGAACGAUAGAGCGUGUGAUGCGGAAGACGAGAAGCAUGGGGAGUUAAUGGUUAUAGACGCCUUUGAAAACGUGUGGACUGUUAUGUCUAGUUAUUGUGCGAAGUUGUCGUCCCGCAUGGGUGUUCCCCACACGAUCGAGGACAAGUGGCCGGCGGCGGACGAGCCGCUGCCCGCGCUCAGCACCAAGCUCGCGCUCUUCACCAGCCAGAUCUCCGCCUUCACUACUGCCAUCAAAGGUGUAUUAAGUUCAGAGAACCCGGAGUCGUCUGUCGAGGAUCUAGAGAGAGCUUUCAAGGAUAGUUUGUCGCUCAUCUGUAUGGAUAACGAGUACAUCAGCAAGAGUAGAUUAGCCGUCUUCUGUACUAAAUGCAGAAAUAUGCUUCAGGAGGCGUACACAAAAUUCUCACAACUAAUGGAGUUAAUUGAAAUAUGUAAAAACACCCUCGAAAAUCAAUAAAUAUAUUAUUUACUAUUUACUAUUACUAUGUACAGCCGCGGUCACAACGGUGACGUGUUAAUAGUCCAAUGUGUACAGUAGAUCAAGUGUAACCCAAUAUGUACCUAGAAUUAUUAUUAUUUAGUAAAUAUUCGUGAUUUUGUACUUCAAUAUAUGCACACAAUCUUUUAAGACUAAAAUGUAUUUAUAUCGCGUAAAAAACUUUAAAUAAUACUAACGUAAAUGUUUAAAAAAAUAUAUGGAUAGAAACUCUUUUGACCACGACUGUACUGUCUAGUCCGUACUGUACAAAAGUGUACCAAUUAGAUAAAAAAUGUCUUUGAAUUUUAUGAAGAAGUUCCUUUUGCUAAAUGUUUCCUUGAUUUGACUCUUAAUGUGAUUUAAAAUCUUUAUUGAUAAGAUUUUUGUAUUAUGGUGUAAAAUAUGUCUAUGCCCAUUUAUUCUUAAAACUACGAUAAAGCCAUGCAGUUCAAAAUAAGGCUUAAAACAUAUUUACAGUUUUAUAAUUGCGCCUUUAAUUCUACAUUCUUGAAUUGGACAAUUCAAAAAGUAAUUUUCUUAUAAAGUUUAUGCCAGAGUUGAGCUUAAAGUAAACUGGCAGACAGAUAUACAAAAAGUAUAGACAUGAACGGCAAUUAACUUUGCGAAAUUCUUCCGGUAACCUUAAUAUUAUCUAAUACCUUUUCUUCCAUUAUGAGUUAAGAAACAUAAGUCAUUGUUAUAACAUAGCCAUGGUGAAUAAAAAAGUAAUGAGUCCGUUUUUUAGGUAACUCUAAAAUAAUGGACACAUAUUUUUUAUUUUCUCUCACAAACAAAUAAUAACGAAGAUACAACUAGAUUGAAUUAAGUUCUUACUAGC